CCGUCGCGGCACCACCAAAUCCCUUCAUCUCUCUCCCUCUCGACAACUGUACGGCCCAUUCAGAUUCCUCACCACACGCAGCACCACCACCACCACCGCCGAGUAACGCCAAACGAAACGCCUCCCUUAGCCGCCGCUCAUCGGGUGUUCUCGCGAUCGCGCCGAGGCAGAGGGAGAGCGAGCUGCCGGCGGUGGUUCUUCUUCCGCGGCCUCUGCGUGCGGCGGAGAGAUGUCGAGCGGCAGCGGCGCGCGCGCCACGUCCGGCGAGGGGAGCCCCCCCGCCCCCGGCGGCGCGGGGGAAUUCAUGCUCUUCGGGGUCAGGGUGGUGUUGGACUCCAUGAGGAAGAGCGUGAGCCUGAACAACCUGUCGCAGUACGAGCGGCCGCAGGACGCGGCCGGCGGCGGCGGCGGCGGCGGCGGCAAGGAUGAGGCGGCGGCGGCCGCAGCCGCUGCGGGCUACGCGUCCGCCGACGACGCCGUCGCGCAGGGCGCGAAGGGCGGGGCGGGCCGCGAGCGCAAGCGAGGAGUUCCGUGGACAGAGGAGGAACACAGGCUGUUCCUGCUCGGAUUGCAGAAAGUGGGAAAGGGUGAUUGGAGAGGCAUUUCGAAGAACUUUGUGAAGACUCGGACGCCCACGCAGGUGGCGAGUCAUGCCCAGAAGUACUUUCUCCGCCGGAGCAACCUCAAUCGCCGUCGCCGCCGUACUAGCCUGUUUGAUAUCACCACUGAUACAGUCACUGCUGGUACACUGAUGGAAGAGGAAGCUCCUUCAGUAGAUGUUGCGUCUGAGUCAUAUCCUUCACCACCAACACCAGUGGCGCUGCUAGAAACCAGUAACAUCUCAGGUUUCUCGAUGAUGCCGGCGACAGUGGCAAUUACGUCCAUCGUAUUGCCAGUGCCGGUGGAGAAUCCAGUGGAAAAUCUGAGCAUCGUGCAAGGCGUGCAAUUCGAAAACUCUCCAGCAAAGCUAGUGCGCCCAGUUCCCGUUCUUCAAGCUCCUCAUGCUCCAGCUGUCCAUGAUCUCAACUUAUCUCUGAUGCCCCCAAAGAGCCCUUCGCAGCUGUCGCUGAAUCUGGCAUCGCCUCAGGACCAGAGCGAGUCUUCGAGAAGACAUUCGGCUUUCCAGAUGACCCCGAGCUUCGGCAAGGGGGACAACAUGAUCAGCGUCGCAUGAGAGCUUCUGGGGUGGCGUCGUAAAGGGUUAUCUAAAACCCUCGGGAUAACUUAGGUUAGAGAAAGAUAGGGGUCGUCGCCGAUCUGUACA